AGCACUCAGGCUUGGAUACCCUACUGGUAGACAGACAGGACCAGACGCACAUUAAAAAGCUUUUUUCUUCUGUCUUCUAUAAGGAAGAAAUGUACACGAACGAAGGACUGCUGUUGAGCAGGAUCAUCUUGCUUAUUUCAGUCUACACUCUGUCUGCGGCACAGGUUUCAAUCACGGCAUCUCCCUCCCUGAGUGUCAGACAAGGGGAGAAAGUCACUCUGACCUGUGUUGCCAACGCUACCAACAGAAACGACUUCUUAUACACCUGGAGCAAGAACAAACACAUCAUCAAGCAUGCAAACAAACAGUCGCUGGAGUUCGAGGCGGAGAGCGACGGAGAUGUCUACUUCUGUGCUGUGAAAUGGGAAUCGAUGAACGAGUUCUCGACAGCAGUCACUAUCAAUGUGCAGUGUCUUUUAGACAACAAGACCAUCAUCGGAAGCAUGUUUGGGGCUCUGAGUUUCAUCGUGCUCUUCGUGGCGUCCUUGUUCACUGUGAACUUCAUAUUGCAGAAAAGAGCCCGGUCCUUGGUUUUCAAGGAGAUAGAAGUUACAAAAGAAAGUUCUUAUGAAGAUAUGGAAGGAAGCUCACCAUAUUAUACAAUCAUGAACCAAAGGGCACAUGUUGUCUAUGAAAAUGUUUCUCCCGGAUAUACUGCAGGAUACCAAAGUAAAACAGACCCAUGUCAGUAAACGCACAGGGUGAUACUGGCAACAAGCAGAUUUGCAAGUAUAAAAAUGCAAGCUUAAAGCCAGAACUGUGCACAGAUUAAACAAGAAUAAGGAAGGAUUUAAUUACACAAAAAUGUAAGAGAGUUCUGCUUGGAUGAUGCAGGGGAUCACUGAAGGAAUUUGCAAGAUUUUAGCUUACUGCAUGGAUGUUUUGUGCAAUGUUUGCAUGAAACCCUUCCCAAUCCUUGUAUUAUCCUUGCAAAUAUCCUUCAGCAGUUGUUGUACCAAGAAUCCUAUAGUACCCUUAGCUUUCUUGACACAUUAUUAGUAACACUGGUGCUCAAGAUCUUUGAACUUUUCUCUUUUGUAUUGAUAUAUUAAAUGUAAUUUAAGAUAUGAGCAUAGCCAUGGCUGUGGGGAUAAACAGGAGCAGCAGUGUGGAGUAGUGGUUAGGGCUCUGGACUCUUGACCAGAGGGUCGUGGGUUCAAUCCUAGGUGGGGGACACUGCUGCUGUACCCUUGAGCAAGGUACUUUAGCUAGAUUGCUCCAGAAAAAACCUAACUGUAUAAAUGGGUAAUUGUAUGUAAAAAAUAAUAAUAAUGUGUAAAAAAUGAUGUAAUUGUAUGUAAAAAUAAUGUGAUAUCUUGUAACAAUUGUAAGUCGUCCUGGAUAAGGGCGUCUGCUAAGAAAUUAAUAAUAAUAAUAAUAAUCAUGCAACAAAAGCCCUAUCAAAUAACAAGGUUUACAAAACAAAGGCUGUAUGACCAAACACCCCAGCGCCAAAUGCAUUAGUACGACAGGAGGGACCACAAGGAGAUCAGCCUCAGCAGAACGAAGGCUUCUGGACGGUAUCUAUCUCAAAUGCAUUAGUAAGUAGACAAUUAGUAGACAAUUUAAUAUUUCCACAUAGACUCCAAGAUUAAGUCUAUUCUGGCAUUCCCCUCAAAUAAUGUAAGUUACGCUUCGGCCCCAUAAUCUCUCACCUAAUUACUGUAUGGCACUUAGUGGGAAAACAUACAAAACUUCAAAUACAAUGGCAUACCCACUCACCUAUAUUUCAUAACUUUACCCUCUUAUCAGAGGGCCGUCCCAUCUCUUUAUACUCUUGGGGAUAUUUGUAAAGAUAACUGUCUUCUCACAUUCCAAGAUUUCUGUCUUCGUCUCCACUCUGCAGUGCGUGCGUAUGGGGUACCCUGGGAGGCAGAACUGCCAUCUCAUGCAUUACAUGAUAUGCUGCACACGGGGUAAAACGAGGGGGCUGGUCUCCUCACUUUAUACCCAUCUAUUAAAGGCCUCCUCUAAAUCUCUGAUGCUUGGUAAUAAUAUGGAAAAAUGGGGAGAAUUUCUUGUUGUAUUGUUCUAGUGUUGUUUUUGCCCCAAAUAAAAGAUUUGAUCAAAAACAAAUAAGUUAUAAGUAGAAUUUCGAAUUCUAUUUGCUGAGCUACCAGCAGACAGUGGAGCGGAGACAGCGCAGGAGUGAUGUGGUGAUGAGCCUUAAUCAGAGUGAAGACAUGUGCACCUGAAGUUUGUACAAGUUGCAGAGUCAUGCAGAAGACCUGCCCGUAAUGCAUCGCAGUAGUCCAGUCUUGAAGUCACAGAAGCAUGAAUCAGAACCUCAGCUGACGUUACGUUUAAAAAAGGGUGGAUUCAUGCAGAUCCUCAGGUUAAAAAAAGACACCUUUGUGCUACAAAGUUCAAAGAGGGAUCAAAGAGGACCCCAAGAUUUCUCACUUCCGAGCACAUAGGGACAGUACUGUUUCCAAUAGUGACAGAUGCUGAGUCAUGGUUAGAACAAGUCGCCUGGGCCCCAGUAGCAUUGCCUCAGUCUUAUAUACAUUUAAUUGUAGGACAUUCGUACUCAUGCACAGCUGGAUUUCAGACAUACACCUUUUCAAGGCGUCCAGGGAGUCAGGCAUUGAAGGGUCUGGAACUGUGUGUCCUCAGCAUACAUAUGAAAGCUGAUGCCAUUGAAUAACAGCACCUAGAGGUAACAUGUAGGUUAAAAACAGAAUAGGCCAACAAUAGAAAAUACUUAUUUAAUUUAUUAGUCAUGUUAGUCUAAUCUUCUAAACCACAGUAGAAAGAUGACUGUUUGAUAAAUAUAAGUGCGUGUUUUUUUUAACAGACGAUAUAGGAGUCAGUGAAGAGAUACGCUAUGCUUCAUUGAUAUGGUUAAUUUAAUGACUAGAAUAGAGACACACAGAUGGCACUUAAAGAGUUAACCCAUUAAUUACAAACACAAGCUGUAUUUAUGUAAUUUGAUACACUGCAUUUAGACUCAACUUUAGAGGUUAACAAAAUCAGAGUGGGUUAUGAUAAGAUAGUUCAAGAGAAAAUUAAAGUACCAGGUAGAUGCAGGUUAAAAAUGCUUUGAAAAAGUGAGGACAAUGGCUCUUAAUAGGAAUACAGAUACUUUGUUUUUUGUAUACUUUUAUUUUUUAACUAUAGUUUAUUAUGUGUAUUUCUCACAACACUAUUUUGAAAAUGUUUUAUAAAAAAUAAACACAUCAAUAAAAUGUAACAAUACAAUUAUGCUGCUCAUUCAUUAAUCAUUGAAGACAUACUGGGUUUAAAGGGAUGUGGACUGGUGAUGGAGAGUUAUGAUAUAUCAGAUACACACAGUACAUGAGGGGCAGAAUUGAGUCUGAACCUAGGGCUUGAUG